AUGGCCUAUGACGAGGCGUCGCCGCUCGUGCGGUCCAAGGACUGGCGGCGGCCGUUCCUCGCGGCCUGCGCCGGCCUCGCCUGCUCCGCGGCUCUCGUCGUGCGCGGCGCGCGGCGGCCGAGCGUGUUAGCGCUGGACGCUCGGAGCGGACGCAGCAUCGACAAAGUGUUCUACAUCAAUUGCGACGCCGACCUCGACCGCCGCGCGUCCAUCGAGGCCCAGCUCGACCGAGCGCUGCCCGGCGUGCCCCGGGAGCGCGUCGCCUGCACGGACACGGCCUCGGCGAAGUUCGCGUACGAAAGCGGCGGCGUCCGCGGGCUCGACCUCUCGACGGAGACGGCGCACUUCGGCGCCGACGAGGCCUACACGACGCUGGCCAUCUACCUGUCGCACACGUCGAUCCAGGAGACGAUCGCGGCGAUGGACGACGGGCUCUACCUCGCGUUGGAGGACGACGCCGUCUUCGCGGACGGCUUCCUCGAAAAGUUCCGGGCCCUGGACCUGCCGGAGGCCUUCGACCUCGUGCGCCUCGGCUGCUGGACCGAGGAGUCCCCCGAGGACCGCGCGACGAAGGACGCCUUCGUCGCGGCCGCGCCGGCGCGCGCGUCCGCGACGACGAGGUACCUCGGCGGCCACGCGGAGCUCUGGACGCCCCGCGGCGCGGCGACCUUCCUCGAGCGGCUCGCCGUCUACGACGGCGGCGCCGUGAGCUCCAUCGACGGCCUCGAGCGCACGGACGACGUCGCGGCCUUCGCGAGCUACUGCCUCGCGUGCGCGUCGACGAUCGUGGCCACGGACGAGGCCCUGCCCCAGGACCACUCCGACGGGAGCGGCGCGGACGCGCGGACCUGCAGCAUCGCAAUCGCCCCGAUGGCGCCAAAUGGGCGCCAUCUGGGCUGCCUCGCGCUCCUCCUCGCCGCGCGGUGGAGUGUCGGCGACGAGGAGCGGCGGGAGACGGGGGCGCUCAUCAGCGACGGCCUGGCCUGGGAGCACUCCUGCCGCGCCGAGGCGGGCAGCUCCUGCGCGUCCCUCGGCGACGACGACGACCGCUUCUUCGCGGACCGGCUCGUGCGCGGCGCGCUCCGCGUCGUCGAGGACCCGGAGUGCCAGCAGGGCCACGCCCUCGACGCCUCCGGCCCGGGCUUCUCCAUCCUCGAGGCCGCGCGGGUCUUCCGGAAAUGCCGCGUGCUCGUGCUCCGGAACGCGAUGGACCGCGGCGACGUCGAGCAGUUCCGCGACGCGCUCGCGGACCACAUCCUCGCCCUGAAGAACGGGACCUUGUCCAUGAAGGGGUCGACGACGCACGGCGAGGACUACUUCGUGUUUCCCCUGAGCAACCGCGAGGACGACGACGACGACCGCGACCACGCGCGAUGGCUCAUGCUCCUCCCGAAGACCUUCGCGGCGCCGGAGAUCGUCGCGCCGCCCUACCUGACGCAGCUCCUGAGCCACCCGCGCAUCCUCGGCCAGGACUUCGUGUUGAACGACGCGGGCGUCGCCAUCGCGGAGCGCGAAUCGGCGCCGCAGGUCUGGCACAAGGACGACGACUACCUCUUCGGCGAGGACGCGCUCAGCGCCCACGGCAUGGCGGGCCACGACUACGGGUCCUACAGCGUCACGGUCAUGCACCCGCUCCUCGACAUCCACGGCGACCGGGGGCCGACGGAGUUCUGCAUGGGCACGUCGUGGCUCUCGGGCUGGAACUACGACGACCACCCCAAGGACGAGACCAUCGUCGAGGCGCUGAAGGACCGGACGCUCAUGGACACGCUCCUCGAGUACUUCCCGGACCCCAACGACCCGACGCUCGACCACUGCUUCUUCGGCAAGGGCCGCCGCGUCGAGCGCCUGAACGUGACGGACGUGCUCCUCUUCGACUACCAGGUCAAGCACCGCGGCGGCACGAACCGGUCGCCGGACCUGCGGUCCCUGCUCUACCUCACCUACGCGCGCAAGUGGUACAAGGACACGAACUUUGCGCCGCGCGCGUCGUCCGACAAGGCGCGGGAGCUCGACUUCGUCGUCGGCAAAGGCACGGGGCCGCUGUCGACGGCGCGGAAGCGGCGCUACGCCAAGGUCAUCUCCAUGGCGCGCUUCGCCGAGGUGGCGCCGGGCCCCAACGCCGACGCGCCGCUGAGCUUCGCGCCGCGGCGGAGGGCGCCCGCGCUCGAGAACAUCUCGCGGCCCUUCGCGUACGACCCGUCGAGCCGCAUCGCCGGCAAGCUCCACGACGACUGGGUCGCCGCCGUCACGUCCGAAUUCGGCGGCAAAACCGAGCUCUAA